AUGACUGAACCGACUCGCGUCUAUCAGUGGGUGUGCCAUGGGCUGAAGAAGGGUGAAGAAUGCGGCAAAGUGAACCCGAUCUGCAAAGUCAAAUGCUACAGAUGUGGCAGCGACCGAGCAACAUGUGGUACCGAUUACGUGGACGACGCUGGCUCAGAACCAAAUGAGACCUGGGACUGCUGUAAUUGCCGACACGGAAAUGCGGAGGAUGAGACAGAGUGUGACCACUGCACCCAUGAUCGAUGCUCUACCUGCAAGCUUCGAGGACCAAGAGGCCCAGAUGUGCACCUCUGGAUCUGUGAUAACGAGAAAAGAAAGAACAUCUUGUGUGGAGAAUUCAAUACGGUAGAGUACACCGAGUGUAAGAAGUGUGGCGGGCCAGCUGUCAACAGCCAUCCAUGGACAACACACAGGUACACGCGGUCAUCGAGAGUCGACACAUGGCAGUGCUCUAACUGUGCGGGGCGCAACAUUGAAGAGGACAAGGUGUGCGGUUAUUGCCCACACUUUAGAUGCGAUGAGUGCUACGAACCCGACAGAAGCAUCACUGGAUCAUACUGCGGUUCUGAUCUUGGCUCUGAUGCUGGCACUGAUCUCGGUUCGGUGGCUUAUUCGGAUGCGGCCGAGAACUGCCCAAAGGAAUCGAUCGAGGAUGGAAGCGCCCUGUUCGGACGGGAAUGUUCUCAAUUAAAGAAGGGCUUCCCAUGUCAACAGAGAAACUGGGAGCCGGCUGAGAAUUGUGACAGAUGCGGCAAUUCCAGACAGGGACGCGAUAUUUUCUUGGUGGAUAGAUGUCCAGAGCACACCUUCGUAUGGGUCUGCUGUGUGUGCGAUGGCGGAAACAAUGGUGAGGCUCUGGAUGAGGAAUGCGAAUACUGCCCAAACCACAGAUGUGACGCUUGUCUGCCAGGACUCCGAGGCAAUUCAAUAUGUCUUUCAAGGAGAUGAUAUGCUGUAUCGCUUAGAAGAAUAUGGC